UUGAUCCCCCAUUUUGGCUGUAGACGGGUUAAGGGUUUAAGCGGAUUUCCCACAAAAACCAUCACCUGGUUAUGAUGCUGUGUCGUGCCCUUCGUCCCAAAAAUCUUCCUUUGCUCUUCCACAAGCCCAAAGUGAAUCCAUGUGAACUCUGGGGAGCUCCAUUUGGAUCCCUUUUCUCCACACACAUUGUCGGUGACAAGCCGAUUCUUGUUCGUGAUUUCAUUCAUUCUGCAUUAUACGAUCCGAAACAUGGGUAUUUCUCUCAAAGAUCGAAAUCGGUUGGAGUGCUUCCCAGAGCAAUUAAGUUCAAUCAGCUUGAAGGUAGGAAAGGUUAUAUGCAAUACUUGGAUAAAAUUUACAAAGAAAGUGAGGUAUCAUGGUUUACUCCUGUGGAAAUUUUUAAGCCUUGGUAUGCGCACGGGAUUGCUGAAGCCAUAAUGCGUACUGCUAACCUUUCAGUUCCCCUAAAGAUAUAUGAAAUUGGUGGUGGAUCAGGAACUUGUGCAAAGGGAAUUAUGGAUUACAUCAUGCUGAAUGCACCGCCAAGAGUUUACAACAAUAUGACUUACAUCUCAGUUGAAGUCAGUCCCUCGCUGGCUGAGAUACAAAGAGAAACUGUUGGAGAAGUCCGUAGUCACUUAUCAAAGUUUCGAGUAGAAUGUCGUGAUGCUACUGACCGGAGUGGAUGGGGAGAUGCGGAGCAACAACCAUGUUGGGUAAUAAUGCUUGAGGUACUUGAUAAUCUUCCACAUGAUCUUAUCUACUCAGAAAAUCAAGUUUCCCCAUGGAUGGAAGUAUGGGUAGAGAAGCAACAGGAUAGGGAAACACUGUCUGAAUUGUAUAAGCCAUUGCAAGACUCACUAAUUAAACGAUGUGUUGAGAUCAUCAAUUUGGACAAAAAACAUGAUUCUCAAAGCAGUGCAAUACUAAAAGCAAAAAGUGUUUGGUCUAAAGUCUUUCCAAAACCUCAAAGAUGUUGGCUGCCAACUGGUUGCUUGAAACUGCUUGAAGUUUUGCAUGACGUGCUACCAAAGAUGUCUUUAAUCGCUUCAGACUUUAGUUACCUACCUGACGUAAGAAUACUUGGUGAAAGAGCUCCAUUGGUUUCAACCAAGAAAGAUGGCAGCAGCUCAGAUUAUAGCAGUUAUCUAGAUGCAAGGGGGGAUGCUGACAUAUUUUUCCCCACUGAAUUUUGGCUUUUGGAACGUAUUGACCAUUACUGUUCUGGAUGGCUGAAACUGCAGAAAGAUCUGUCGUCCAAGGAAGGGAAGAAGAGGCGAACAAUUACACUUGAUACGUCGUCAUUCAUGGACGAGUUUGGCUUGCCCUCGAAGACAAGAACCAAGGACGGAUACAAUCCACUUUUGGACGAUUUCAAGAAUACGAAAUUUUAUCUAAGUGUUCCAACACAUAAUACUGUAUAGAUGGUACUGGCAGCGAUUUUGUUUCCAAGAAAGCAUAUGGCUCCGAAUUCUGGAGUUGGUAUUGUUGUUGAAGUGAUUUGUGGGCUUCUGAGCAGUAUGGCAAGUGAACCAGCAGUUCCUUUUUACAAGCUUGAACUCAGAUUUGAUGCUGUAUCAGACAAUAAAGUUGAAUGGCUGUCUGUAAUGCUCAUAACAGAGAUACAUAUAUCUUUGGGAACAUUGGGUAAAACGAUGAUUUGCCAACUCUGAAGAUGGAUGAAAUGCAACGUGGCUUUGCUAUGAAUGCUCAAGAUCAGAAGAAAUUCAAAGAUUAGGACCCAGCGAAUAAGAGGUUGCCAUGAAGCUGAACCAUUCCCUUCCCAGUUUUGUCCUGUUUUUACUUUUCUUUUCCUGUUUAUUCGUUUUAAUAAUUUGUUUCAGUUCUGAGAGGAAGAGCUCAUAUGGUUAUGUCUCAACAUGCAUUUGAAGUUUUAAACAGCUUAUGAAAAAAAUUUGUUACUAGAAUCAAUCCAAAAUUGUCAGCUUUCAGAUUA